AUGAGGGGUUGCAUAGGGUUCGUUGCUAAGCUAUUGCAAAGGGUUGUUACAAGCAGCUAUGGGCAAUGGCAUGAGAGGUUGGGCGAUGAGGAGGUGAGGAAGGCUAUAAGGCUCGGGCUAUAUGAGUGCGUUGCAAGGUUGGGGGAGGAAGAGGUGAGGAAGGCUAUGAGGGCUUGCAAGGGAGAUGGAAAAGGUUGUGUAUGGGUGCUUGGACUUGGGUGA